CGACACGCACUGCUCGUGAGGUGCGACCAUGGCCACCGGCAAUGAGUAUCAGCACCGCGUGCUGUACAACUGGCUCCUCCACGACCUGUACACCAAGGGCAAGCACGACGAGGCGGUGGCUCUGGUGGACCAACAGCUGGCGACGACAGGCGGAGCAUCCGAGUAUGCCCACUACAUCAAGGGCCUCAUUCAGAGGUCGCAGGGCAAGGUGACAGACGCUCUGGCACAGUUUGAUGCCGCUUGCAGACUCAAUCCGGCCUCGGCCGACAACGCCAAGCAGAAGGCCCGUACUCUGUUCCUGCUCGGGAGACACGCUGCCGCACUGGAGGUCUACGAUCUGGCACACGAGCUGCAUGUGGCUGAUGAGAAGCGGCGCGCGGCCGCGGGCAAGGCGCCUGGGGCCCGCGUCUCGCGCGCGGCGAGGGCUCUGCAGGAGCGCGGCGAUUGGGAGAUCUGGCACAACAAGGGUCUCUGCCAUAUGUAUCUUGGCGAUCUUGAGGCGGCGGCAGACGGGUUUGAGCGGGCCAAUGCCAUUCAGCGCCACGACGUCACGUACCUGAUGCUGUCCAAGCUCGCCGAGCUCCGCGGCGAUGCCGAGGGCGCGCGACGGCUGCUGGCCGAGGCGCUCGAGUUCUCGCCGGAGAACCCGGAGCUGCUGACGGGCCUCGGCGAGCUGCACAUGGCGGCCAACGACGAGAUGCAGGCGUUUAAUCAGCUCGGCAAGUCGCUCUCGCACAACCCGCGCGAUGUGGGCACGCUCCUGGCGGUGGCGUCGGUCAUGCAGUGCAACGCCGACUACGACGGGGCGCUGGCCAAGCUGCGGGCGGUGGCGCAGCUCGCACCCAACGCGCCGCAGCUGUGGAACAACAUCGGCAUGUGCUUUUACGGCAAGGGCAAGGCUGUUGCAGCCAUCUCAUGCCUCAAGCGAGCGCUGUUUCUAGCCCCGUUUGAGUGGCUUGUCAACUACAACCUCGGCAUCGUCCACCUCGCACAGGCACAGCCGGCGUCGGCGUUCCACUUUCUCAACGCCGCUGUCCGGCUCAACCCGGACCUGGCUGCCGGCUUUAUGUACCUCGGCGUUACCCUCUCCAAGCUUGGUGACUUUGCCAACGCCUGCACCGCCUACGACAAGGCGAUGGGACUCGCGGGGAAGAUUGAGCAGAACGCGCAGACCAAGGCCGAUGUUCUGCGCAUUCCGCUCAACUACGCCAUCACCUGUCACCGCUUUGGCGACACGGCACGGGCGGCACGUAUGUUUAUGCAGUUUGAGGCGUCACUGGCGGCAGCCGACGAGCCGUACUCGGUCCCGCCCGAGCUUGCCAAGCCAUUGGAGGCGCUGCGCGGUCUGUACGGUGUCGGCAAGUCGGGCUCGUCGACCUCGCUCUCGCCGGCCACGUCAAACGCCUCGGGCGAUCUUGUGCCGGGCUCCGCCACGGGCGCGGCCGCGGCCUCCACCACUGCAUCGGGCGUCCCGGCCUCGGCCGGUCUCUCGGGCUCGCCGCGCACCAAGCGAGUCCGCCUGGACCUCCUCAAAGUCGUCCGAGCCGGUCAGCCGGUACACAACGUAGACGACGGCAUCGUUCUCGAUGUUGGCGUCCGAGAGCGUCUUGGCAUCCUCCACCGGCUCGUCAUUGAAGAUGAUCCGCUGAUCCUCGGCCGGCUGCUCCGUAAUGAUCUCGAUCUGAGCCUUGACAUCCGCCACCGUCUGCGUCGGCUCGGUCUCCACAAACAUGGUCUCGUUCUUGUGCUUGACCCGAAUGUCACAAGCCCUGCUCCCUCCACCAUUGGUGCCUCGGACGACGCCCUCGUCGCCUCGUCAGGCUCUGGAACAGCGGUUUCUCACGGCUCGUCCUCGGCCUCGCCUUCGGUCGCUACCUUGGCCUCGGACCACUCAGGUGCCUCUGCGGAGCCUCAUAUGCGGACACCGGUUCCGCGCCUUGCGCUCACCGCAGCGAAUCUCGCCCGCAUCCAGGCUGCGCACAGUGGGCAGGGCGGCGGCCGGGGCAGCGACGGGAGUGCCUCGCGGCCGGACGGGGCCAAGGCCUCGUUUGAGUCGCUCUCCUCCUUUGUCUCGGACUCAUCGGGCUACACCGUUGGGUCGCGGACGCAGCAACUGGCGUCGAUGCAUUCGCCGCGCUCGCUGGACCUGCCCUCGCCGCGGCGGCUCGUCACCCCGCGGAUCCUCUCGCGCAAGUACCAGUUUCUGCGCACCCUCGGCCGCGGCUCGUACUCGCUCGUCAAGCUCGCCAAGAUGGCGACAACCGGCGAGCUGGUGGCGGUCAAGGUCCUCACCCCGCAGGUCCAGUCCGAGACGGUUCGCAUCUCGCGUGAGACCAAGGUGCUCAACCUACUCUCACACCCGCACAUUGCCUCGCUCCGCGAAGUCCAAGUCACCGUCGAUCACGUGUACAUGGUGAUGGAGUACGUCUCUGGUGGCGAGCUCUUUGACUACAUCGUCACCCGCGGCCGCAUUCGCGAGGCCGAGGCCCGCCGCCUCUUCCGCCAGCUCGUCUCGGCUGUCGCCUACUGCCACGGCAACUAUCUCACCCAUCGCGACAUUAAGCUCGAGAACCUUCUGCUCGACGACGAGGUCAACGUCAAGCUCGUCGACUUUGGCUUUGUCAACGAGUUCCGCCCGCAUGAGGUCCUGGAGACCGCGUGCGGGACGCCGGCAUAUGCCGCCCCGGAGCUCCUCUCUGCCCAGCCCUACCUUGGCCCGCACGUCGACAUUUGGGCCAUGGGCGUCACCCUCUACGCUAUGGUCACCGGCUCACUUCCCUUUGACCACCCAGACGUGGCCACCCUCUACUCGCUCAUCCGCAAGGGCGAGUUCUACCAGCCGCCGCAGCUCUCGGACGGGGUCAACGCCCUCAUCGCCGGCAUGCUCACUGUCGACCCGACCCAGCGCUUCUCGCUCGACGAAAUCGCCAACCACCCGUGGAUUCUCGAGGGCUACUCCGGUCCGCCGGACACCCAUCUUCCGCACCGCGAGCCUGUCGUCGCCCCCGAGCACUCAAUCCUCGUCGAGCUUGCCGGCUACGGCUUUUCCACCCUCGAGGUCACUCAUGCCCUUCUCCACAACGAGCCGUGCCUCCACGCCGCCGUCUAUCAUCUCGCUUGCGAGCGCCGCGCUGCCGCCAACGCGGCCGCCGCUGCUCGCGACGCGGAGCUCGGCUCGCUUCAUGGCUAUGGCUCUGGCUCUGGCUCUGGUCCUAGCACGGCCUCGUGCAACUCGUACUCAUCGUACGGCUCGUCAUCGUCGCACGUUCGCGUCCGCACCUUUUCAACCUCCGGCUCGGGUUCGGGCUCGCGCCGACGCUCUGUCUCGGCCACCCGCUCGCACUCGAGAUUCUCGUCGUCGACCACGCUCGGCUCGGUGGCAUCCGUCACUUCGGUUGCGUCGGCCGGCUCCAACGCCUCCGACUCGGACUCGGUAGCCAAAGACGCGUCAGCCGCCACUGCGUCGGCGGUGAGCGCGACGACGCCCACCCUUCCAGCACUUCCGCGUCUUGACCUCGACAAGACCCGGCCGGCCGCUGCAUCGCGCUCACGGACCAAGUCGUCGUCGUCGGGCUCGCCGUCGUGCGGCCGCGAGCUCGACUCACCGGUCGCGACACCGGGCAAGACCGGCAAGCACAAAAAGCAUGUCAAGCGCCGGACCCGCAUUCGGGUCCGCAAGCAGGUCCGCGCCCAGGCCCGCGCUGCCCGACGCCCCACGCCAGCCAGCACGGCGUUCCCGCACAACCCGCCGCCGUCGACCUUGUCGGUCUCGUCGUCGCGCUCGCGCUCACCCAAAACCAUGAGCCCGGUAUCGAGCCUGACGCCGAUCUCGGAGGCCGUCGCUCCCCAUCCUCCGCCCAGCAUCGCCGUUGCGAACAUCCGCGCCGCAGGUACUCGUACCCGCGCCCGCGCCAUCUCGGCCUCCUCAUUCGAGAACUCGGUCUCGUCCAUCGACUGGUCCGCUGUCCGCUUCGCGCCGCUCAACAAGUCUGAAGACUCCGAGGGCGACCUUCCAACACGGUGCGCGGCCUCGCCGCCGCCGUCCGGCGACCAACCGUCUGGCGGCAAGACGAGCCGGCCAACGUCGGCCACACCCACACCUCCGGUCGACACCGCCGUCGACGCCCAGCUCCAGCUCUCGCUCUCGCCACGCGUUCUCGAAUACGCGCGCUCGACUGGCGCGCCCAAAGGAAUGCUCACUGCGCCCGGGCGAUGGGAAGCAAUGGCCGAGCGCCGCGCUGCCGAACAGGCGGCCGCCUUGGGCGAGGGCACCCCGACCUCGCCCAACAUGCCCGAGCUCCGUGCCGUCCGCGGGCCGUUCUCGGUCGAGACAACGACAACCCGCUCGCUCAAGGACACCUGUGCAUGCAUUGCCGAUGCCCUUGAGGACUGCGCCGUCGACUUUACCCUCUCCAACUAUGUCUACGACUGCAAGCUAGCCCUCGCCGACCAAGACGACCUCAGCUUUACCAUCGAGAUCUGCCGCCUCCGCCGCAUGUCGCUCCUCGGCAUCAAGUUUACCCGCGGCGAGGGCCAGCCGUGGAUCUACAAGGCCCAAAUCCAGAUUCUCCUUGCCCGCAUGCGCCUUUAA